UGUGAAUUACAGCAUCCCUGUCGAAGUACAGACAUCACCCUUCUCGGGGUUAUAUCUUAAAACCCAAAAAGAAAAUACAGCAAUAGUAGAAUCUCGAGACUUUUAGUGCAGUUCAUUUAUUUAUUUGAUUUGAUUUGAUGUGAUGAUGGGACGAAAACAUUUAUAAGUUUGAAGAAGAAGAGAUGAAUUGAUUUGGGGGAAUAAGAAUAGGAAUAGGGUUUGGGCGAGGAUGAUAUCAGGAACUUCAUCAUGGUUACCGGCGACUUCAGUGUCGGCUUCCGGAAAGAGAAUUCAAAGGGAAAUGGUUGAACUCAACAACGACCCUCCUCCUCAUUGCUCUGCUGGUCCCAAGGGUGAUAAUCUCUAUCACUGGAUCGCCACCAUUAUUGGUACCCCAGGAACACCCUACCAAGGUGGCAUUUUCUUCCUUGACAUAAUAUUUCCAACUGAUUAUCCCUUCAAUCCUCCUCAGGUAGUAUUCAAAACUCGCAUUUAUCACUGCAAUGUAGAACCUGAUGGACAUGUUAGUAUGGGAAUAUUGAAGGAUGGUUGGAGUCCAGCACUAACAAUUACUAAGGUGCUACUUGCAGUUAGAUCACUUUUGACAAAUCCUGACCCUUAUAAUGCUGUUGUUCCUGGCAUUGCUCACUUGUAUUUGGGAGACAGAGCAAAACAUGAUGACAUUGCUGCAGAGUGGACUGUCCGAUUUGCUAAGUGAAUAUGUUUUAAGAGUCAUUUGAUUUGCUUGACUGAAGAAUGAUAGCAGUUUCACAUUUUUCCAAUACGUGCUUUACUUUCAGAUGAAUUUCACUUCAUUGGAAGGAGUUUGUUGUAUAGUUUGUCGAUAAUAUUUUUCUACAUCUUACAAAUAGUUCAUGCAGUUGUAACAAAACAAGCUUAUCUCCUCCCUACAAGCUUUGAUAAGAUGACCUGCAGCAAGAACUGAAGCCAUAUAUUAUAAGUUUUGCUAUCUUAAUCUAGUUCAACUAAUAAAGUUCUGUAUGACAAGCUGAAUCAUGUCUAUAAUGACUAGUAGCUCGUUAUUUCCUGCAUAUAUCUGCUUGUUAUUUCAGAUAAACAACUUAAUUGAUCACUUAUUUUGUAA